CGGCGGUGGCGGCGGCGGCACCAUGGGCCGGGCCCGGCGCUUCCAGUGGCCGCUGCUGCUGCUGUGGGCGGCCGCGGCGGGGCCAGGGGCUGGACAGGAAGUACAGACAGAGAACGUGACCGUGGCCGAGGGAGGGGUGGCUGAGAUAACCUGCCGUCUGCACCAGUAUGAUGGUUCCAUAGUUGUCAUUCAGAACCCCGCCCGGCAGACCCUCUUCUUCAACGGGACCCGCGCCCUGAAGGACGAGCGUUUCCAGCUUGAGGAGUUCUCCCCCCGCCGCGUGCGGAUCCGGCUCUCAGAUGCCCGCCUGGAGGACGAGGGAGGCUACUUUUGCCAGCUCUACACGGAGGAUACCCACCACCAGAUUGCCACGCUCACUGUAUUGGUGGCCCCAGAGAACCCCGUGGUGGAGGUCCGGGAGCAGGCGGUGGAGGGAGGCGAGGUGGAGCUCAGCUGCCUAGUUCCGCGGUCCCGCCCUGCCGCGGUCCUGCGCUGGUACCGCGACCGCAAGGAGCUCAAAGGGGUGAGCAGCGGCCAGGAGAAUGGUAAGGUGUGGAGCGUGGCGAGCACCGUGCGGUUUCGCGUGGACCGCAAGGACGACGGCGGUAUCGUCAUCUGCGAGGCGCAGAACCAGGCGCUGCCCUCCGGACACAGCAAGCAGACGCAGUACGUGCUGGACGUGCAGUACUCUCCCACGGCCCGGAUCCAUGCCUCCCAAGCUGUGGUGAGGGAGGGAGACACGCUGGUGCUAACGUGUGCUGUAACGGGGAACCCCAGGCCAAACCAGAUCCGCUGGAACCGCGGGAACGAGUCUUUGCCAGAGCGGGCCGAGGCGGUCGGGGAGACGCUUACGCUGCCAGGCUUGGUAUCAGCGGAUAACGGCACCUACACUUGCGAGGCGUCGAACAAGCACGGCCACGCGAGGGCGCUCUAUGUACUCGUGGUCUACGACCCGGGUGCGGUGGUAGAGGCUCAGACGUCGGUGCCCUACGCCAUUGUGGGCGGCAUCCUGGCGCUACUGGUGUUUCUGAUCAUAUGUGUGCUGGUGGGCAUGGUCUGGUGCUCAGUACGGCAGAAGGGCUCCUAUCUGACCCACGAGGCCAGUGGCCUGGAUGAGCAGGGAGAAGCAAGAGAAGCCUUUCUUAAUGGCAGCGACGGACACAAGAGGAAAGAAGAAUUCUUCAUCUGACCCCACCUCCACCCAGGCCUGGGCCUGGUCCUGGGCUGGGGUCUACCCCACUGCCAGCUGCAAAGACAUUUACCAGAGUCUGGGAUGGUGGGCUUCUCCCCCCACCACUAACACCUCAGACAUUUGGGCAGGGAUGGGGGUGUCGGAUCCCGGGUCUCUGCAAGGGCCAGAAGCAAGGGCCCAGAGGUCUGGGCCCCCCAGGGGGCAGGGGCUGAAGGUCCAAACCCCCCAAGUCCAGGGAGGGCGGUAGGGAUUGGGUUGGGGGAAGAUAACUGGGGGAAGGCCAGGGCCCCUAGGCUGCAGAACCAGGUCUUGUGGGGAGGGGGUCAGAUUCUGGGAAGGGUGGGGUGGGCAGGGAAGGGGAACACAGAUUUCUUUGGGGGUCCUAGACCCCAUGCCAGCCAUUGUAGGAGUUCCACAGAGCUCUGGGCACCUCUUUGCAAAGCCAUGUUUGCACGGUGGGGGUAAGGGUGGGGGGAGGGCAUGGAAACAGGGAUUCUGUGUCUUUGUGUCAUAACUUUGAUGGGGGUGGUGAGGGAGACAGCCCCAACUAUUUUCUCCAAUCCCCAGGUUCCUGGGCUCCCCAUCCCUCCACCUCUCCCCCCCUCAUAUCUGUCCUAUCCAUAUUUGUCUCCCUGUCCACCCACUCCUGGGGGGCCUUCCCCAUCUCUCCUCCAGGCCCUCCAGGGAGAGGGAAAGGAGUUUGGGGGGGUGCGUUGGUCUCUAUGGUUUUUAUAUAUAAUAUAUUAAAAAAAAAUUAAAAAUCUGUAUGAAAAUAUCAGAUUGCACCCCCCUCCCCUCUUUCCUGGCUUUUGCCCCCUUUUUCUUGUAAAAAAAAACAAAACAAAACAAACACAUUUUGUACAGGGAGGGGAACGGGGAGGGGGUUUGGCAAUCCCACUAACCACCAUUAAACUGAGGAGAGAACAAG